UUACCAUAGAAGAUAACAUUAGUACCACUAUCGAAGAAUUUAAUAGUUUUAGUAUAUCAGAAGCAAGUGAAGAAUACAAAGAAAUUUGGAAAAUGAUAAACUAUAUGUAUAGACAAAUAAGUAAGCAAAUGAAAUACAUAGAACAAGUAACUGAAGCACUUGUAGACCAUAAGCUUCACAUCGAAGCAUUACAAAGAAAAUCAUUUGGAAUACCCAAAAAAAUAAACUAUCUCGAAAAAACUGUGAAACAACUCAUAGACACAAUAAAUAAGCAUAAUCAGUACAUUGAAGAUCUUGAACAAGAAAAUAGAAACUUAAAAAGAAAACUAAGUGAUCUUCAAAAAGACCACUACCAAACUUGA